AUGCCUUUGGUGAAGAGGAGUAUUGAGCCCCGGCACCUGUGCCGGGGAGCGCUGCCUGAGGGGAUCACCAGUGAGCUGGAGUGUGUCACCAACAGCACACUGGCCGCCAUCAUACGGCAGCUCAGCAGCCUGAGCAAACAUGCUGAAGACAUAUUUGGUGAGUUGUUUAAUGAGGCCAACAACUUCUACAUCAGAGCCAAUUCCCUUCAAGACAGGAUUGAUCGCCUUGCUGUCAAAGUUACGCAGCUGGAUUCAACGGUGGAAGAGGUGUCACUGCAGGAUAUCAACAUGAAGAAAGCCUUCAAAAGCUCCACGAUCCAGGACCAACAGGUGGUGUCCAAGAACAGCAUUCCCAACCCCGUGGCUGACAUUUACAAUCAGAGUGACAAGCCGCCCCCUCUUAACAUCCUCACACCGUACAGAGAUGACAAGAAGGAUGGUCUGAAGUUCUACACCGAUCCUUCCUAUUUCUUUGACCUCUGGAAAGAAAAAAUGCUUCAGGACACUGAAGACAAAAGGAAGGAGAAACGGCGACAGAAGGAGCAAAAGCGUAUAGAUGGCACAACCCGCGAGGUGAAAAAGGUUAGAAAAGCCAGGAACAGGCGCCAGGAGUGGAAUAUGAUGGCAUAUGACAAGGAGCUUAGACCCGACAACAGGUUGUCUCAGAGUGUGUGCCACGGCGCGUCUUCCGAGGGAUCCCUGUCCCCCGAUACUAGGUCCCAUGCCUCGGAUGUCACGGAUUACUCGUACCCGGCCACCCCAAACCACUCGCUGCACCCGCAGCCUGGGACACCCUCUUAUGUGGCCGGCGAUGGGCCACCUCAUGGAGCAGGCGGUCAGGCAACUGAGCAUGAGUUCAGACCUCCCUCCGGCUCAGCCAGGCACAUGACCCUCAAUAGACCGCAGCAGCCACCCCCACCGCCACCCCCACAGGCUGCAGAUGGCUCUCAGGCCUCGAUCCCCGGGGCCCCUGCGGACUAUGGGAUGCUGCCAACACAGAUCAUUGAGUAUUACAACCCAUCGGGACCCCCACCGCCGCCCCCACCCCCCAUGAUCCCAUCUGCACAGACUGCCUUCGUUAGCCCUCUGCAGGUGCCCACGCAGGCCUUUCCCAUGGCCCCACCACACCCACCGCCUGGUGGGCUCGUCGUCACUGCCCCACCCCCACCGGGGCCCCCACCACCCCCGCCCGGGCCCCCAGGAGCCGGCUCCUCGCUCUCUUCCUCCCCCAUGCACGCCGCCCCAGUGGCCGAGGCCAAGCGGCAAGACCCCUCGCAGCCCCCCAUCAGCGACGCGCGGAGCGAUCUCCUGGCUGCUAUUCGAAUGGGAAUCCAGCUGAAAAAGGUGCAGGAACAGCGAGAGCAGGAGGCGAAGCGGGAGCCCGUGGGGGACGACGUGGCCACCAUCCUGUCCAGGCGCAUUGCUGUGGAGUACAGCGACUCGGAUGACGACUCGGAGUUCGACGACAAUGACUGGUCUGAUUGA